GUCUGGUUUCAGUCGUGGUCCUGCGUGCCAUCAGGAAGGACUCGCACUUUCCGGUCAGUUGAGUAAUAGGCGUGUGUUCUACUUUACGCGCUUUCCACGUUUGUGCAAGGAUUCGGGUUAUCAAUCGCUGGAACUGGAGCUCGAGGAGCUGCCUUCCAGCAGGCGGAGUGAUUGCAGUGGUGCAACUUGAUACUCCAAUCUGAACUCUCUGCCGUUCCUAGUGAGACGAACAAUGGAAGCCAAGCUGCAUGCAGUAAGCUUAACUGAUCGAACUGGGUCCGUAAAUUAAUUAAAUGCGUCUAGGGAUAAUAAGGAUCUUCAGUGGACUACGUCACCUCAGCUUUAACAAUAGACUGUUGGAAAAUAGUGUAAUCAGUGAAAAUACAUUGCUUUCUGUGCGGUUCGCGAAAAUCCGGGUAUAGAGGACGGGGUCCGUGUAAGUGAAAUUAACGAGAUGAGACUUUCUCUCCGAGGUGGUUCUCAUAAAAAUCAGGAAUAAAUAUUCAUUUGCCUAAAUAAGAAAGGCGGGAGCGUCCUAUACGAUUACUUAGCGACAUGCGGAGACGUCCCACCGUUGUCAUUCAUGGUUCCAUGGCAGAAAGAGAAGUAAUGAAGCCCAUUCAUCAUCAUGGCGGCAGCUGCAAAGGGGAUGGAAAGAAAGGUCCCAGUUCAUGGCCAAUAUACACCCUAGUAAGCACUGCCGCAGUCGCCUGCUACCUUAAUGGGCUUAACGGGGAUUUUGUUCACGACGAUAUUCCUGCCGUGACUCUAAAUAAGGACGUAACCGGGCAGAAUCCUAUCGGACACGUUUUCAAAAAUGAUUUCUGGGGAACACCGAUGGCGGAAAUAAGCAGCCACAAGUCUUAUCGCCCCCUCACUACACUCACAUUCAGAUUCAAUUACUGGUGCUUCGGGCUGCAGCCGUUUUGGUUCCAUGCAACGAACGUGUUAUUACACGCGUUGGUGAGUGUGCUGUUCACCCGUGUAGCGCUACGGAUUGCGGGCAUGAAACCGCCCUUCGCCACCGUAGCCGGUCUACUGUUUGCCGUUCAUCCCAUACACACCGAAGCGGUGACUGGCAUCGUCGGAAGGGCUGAUGUGCUGGCCUGCGUAUUCUUUCUACUGGCUUUGUUGGCUUAUCACGGAAAUUCUAGUGAGGAGUGCUUAGUACAGAGGAGCAUAUUCUUUGGCGGUUUGAGUAUGAUGUCUAAGGAAACUGGAAUUACUGUGUUUUUAUUGAACCUUGGAUUGGACACCUACAAAAAUUAUCAUAGCAUCAAAAGGUUUGUUUGA